AUGCGCCCUCCAGGAAACCGGGAGCUAGAAGAGCAGGAGCGUACCAACAGGGCCGUCCCACGGGACGCCCUGCCCAGCAGCCCCCGUCCCACAGUGCUGUCAAUACAAUGGGCCCGGCCCGAAGGCAGGGGUCGCAGCCCCCCUGCGGACUACGACUCCCAGAUUGCCCCGCGGCCUCCAGGCAGAGCCCGGGAGGGGGGGCUAAUGGCGCGGUGCAUGCCGGGGCCUGUAGUCCUGGAGGGGGCGGCCCGCGGCCUGGCUGCCUUUGAAUUUUGCCGCGAAAAGAACGCGUGGCAGCAGCCCCGCCCCCGCAGGACGCUACAGGGCGUCACCCUGGUAACGGCCCGGGGAGGGGGCGUGGCUCAGCCGCGUGCGGGUGCCGGGCCCCGGCUCCGGCGCUCAGUGUCGCCGGAGCCGCGCGCCGGGCAGGAGGGGAGAAGCGAGCGGGGCCGCCGGGCCGGGCAGGGGGCGCAGCCGGGCCCGGAGCCGCCGCUGCAGCAGCCCGUGCGUGCGGGGCUCGCCCCGGUGCAUGAAGGAGCCGCCGCCAGAGCAGGCUGGGCGAGCGGGGCCGGAGCUGCUGCAUCCGCCCCCGGAGCAGCCUCCGCAGCGGGGAGCCGGAGCAGCCCGGGCAGGAGGCGCUGCCGCCGGGGGCGUCCCCGGCCAGGGCGGAGCGAGCCGGGGCUGCUUCCUCCUCGGCGCCCGAUCGGGGCUGGAGCUGCCGCGACCCCUCCGGAGCGGGGGCUCGAGCCGGCGGCGCAUCCUCUCGGGCCUCGGCCGCCUCGCGAUGAAGGGCUGAAGGGGCGCGGAGGCGCCGGAGCUGCCGCUGCCUCUGCCUCCUGCCCAGCCGGUGCAGCGAGGGCUGAAGGCACCGGGCGGAGCAGGCUGCGCAGAGGCGGGAGCGGGGGGAGCCGCACCGGAUCCUCGGGCUCUCCCGGGCUGCACACAAAGAAACCCCCCUCUCUGCGGGGACCCCCCCGGACCGGCCGCCCCGCUGCUGCGGGGCCCCCAGGAUGUAGCCGCCGCCGCCCUUCUCCGCUCUGGAGGCUGCACGCGAGGGGGGGACCCCGCUACACAACGCCCGUGCGCCCGCCGGAGCGACUCUCCCCCGGCUCCCCUUCUCCAGCGCAGCCCGCGCUCCGCUGCCCCCGGAAUCGCGACCUCCGAGCCGCUGCCCCGGCAUGGGCCUUUCGUACCCGGCGUGACGCCCAAAGCCCGGCCGGGCCCCGGGCCAGGAUUGCCCCUUCCCCGGGCAGGAUUUUGGUCGCUGUUGUCAGGGAUUUACCCCCCCCCCCCGCCGCCGCCGGUUCAUGGCCGCGGGGCUCGCUCCGGCCUGCAGCGUCCCGGGGAGGCGGCGCCCGGCGCAGCGCGGAUGGUGAAACGCGGCCCCAUGCAUUCCCCACGCUACCCCAGCCCAGCCGAACUGGAUGCCUAUGCACAGAAAGUCGCCAACACCCCCUAACGAUCAAGAUCUUUCCCACCAACAUCAGGGUCCCCCAGCACAAGCACCUUAACCGACGGUCAAUGGUACGACACGACAGGCAGCGCUACAGCCCCUAUCCCGUGCAUUCCAGCGGCUACCAGGGCCUCCUGGCCAUCGUAAAGGCCUCCAGCAAAAGCAUUGUGAAGAACUCGGAGGGCAAGCGGACUAAGAUGUCUCCAGCGCAAGUGGCCAUUGCCCCCUACCCAGUGUCAAGCACUUUAGCGCCAGGCCCCUCAUGCGCCGGGCACUUGAAUUAUCACAGUACUCAGAAGCAGCUCGAGGCUCCGGCCCCCACAAACGUGGCCAUAGCUACGUCCGUGAUCCCGCUCGCAGGCCGGAACCUGACCCUGCAGCAGUCCAACUUGCCCUCUAUCCAGAGCAUCAUCUACCAGAUCAAUCAGCAGUGCCAGGCCCAGGGCUCCCAGCAGGCCUGCCAAGGGGUAGUGGUGACCAACCCCAGCCCCGCCAAGCACGGCGCGGCCAGUGGCUUCGCUAGCAUGGCGACGGCAGGUGCUGCCGUGGCCUAUGCCGGUGCCAUCCUGCCCGACUGCCGCAAAGGGGCAGAACUCGCCAUAAGCUCCAACCCGGCCAUGACCGUCGGCCCCAAGGCUGGCCUCUACCCGGAUGGCAUGGAUUACCUUCUCUGGCAGCAGAAACAGCAGCAGCUCCGAAUGUACAGCGGGGGCAGCGGAGGGGGGGGCGCCGUCAGCAAGUCCCCGGAGACAUGUGCGGGGGUCUCACGCCCCUACACCCUGGCGGGCGCGGUAGAAAAGGUCAGUUCCUCCCCUUUGAACUGUGUGGGCAUGCAUGGCAACUUCUCGGUGGGCCAGUAUUUUGCCCCCCCUUGGAACAGCAUCUUGGUCACCCCCAACAGCGACUGUUACAACCCCCAGGAGCUCGCCAACGGGCACCGCGAGCUCGGAGUGCCCCCCUCCGACGGCCUGUCCAGCAAAACGCUCUGCAAUACCUCCAUCCUCAGCAGCAGUCUCCAGUCGCUGGAGUAUCUCAUCAACGACAUCCACCCGCCAUGCAUCAAAGAGCAGAUGCUGGGCAAGGGCUACGAGACAGUGUCUGUGCCAAGACUCUUGGACCAUCAACACGCCCACAUUCGCCUGCCCGUCUACAGAUAAGAGCCUGACGCUGCUUUCCAAACAAAGGGCCACGGUGGGAACUUGACUGGCAUCCAUUCUCCUCUCCGGUACCGCCAGGAUCUGUGGCGAAACAAAGUGAGGGCUGGGGAGGGGGGGGGUUGGUUAACGAAAGGGGCUGGGGGGCCCCAAAGACGCUGGAAUUAAUUGGGGUCGUUGAACUGGAUACACCUGAAACCCGCUGGAAGCCACGGACGAAGGAAUGCUUGUUUCUAGAGCUCUGAAAUGGUCGUUUCAUUUCCACGAAUGUGAACAGGGAAUCGCUACAAGUUGCUGCUAUCCAGGGAGAGACGGUUUCGCUCUGUGCGCGUGUGUGCGUUUGUGUGCGCGCGUGUGCGAGUGCGUGUCUGUGUGCGUGCGCCAGGCGGAUCUGCAUGUGGGAGAACCCCCAAUUCUAUCCUGCGCUGAGUCCCCAGGAAAGUUUUAAGUAAAAGAAGAGCUCCAAUCUCCGAUAAUUCCAUGCCAUUGCAGCUUGGUCAUGACCAGAAAGAGCUAAUGCCUAAUUUCUAGUUGAAGUCCAUAACUUGCACUGCUUUGAGUAAAGCUAAUAAAUGGGGACAGUCUGGAGGCUAUUUAAGAAAAAGAAAAACACUUGAAAACUUGAACAGAUUUAUUUUUUUUUUUUUUAGUUAAAUAUACUGUACAUUUUAUGUGUUGGCUGCUACAGAGUCUCUUCCUCUGCUCCCUCCCCCGCCCGCCCCCAUUGCCUUGGGCCUAGUCUGUUACUUGAUUAAAAUACGUUUUGAUGCUUUCUCAGUGGAAAGGUUUCAUUGCCCAGUUGCCCACGUGGUGGGGGGAGAGCCACAUUAAGCUAAGGAGCCAGGGACCUGGGUGAGCAAAAAGGGCAUGAAGUUAAGGAUAUUUUACCCUCCUCAUUGUUCUUGCGGUUUUCAAAGUGUUUCCCUCGCCCCCAUGGUAAUGAGAGAGUCUGAGGGGGCAGAAGCAAAAUGUGACUUACUUUGGACAGAUCCGAGGCGGGGCCCCUGUUCUAAUUCGUAAAAGAAUCCACACCCGCUUAACAAACCCACCCUCACCCAUCCCCAAAUAAAAGAGCUUGUGAUCUCCUUCCAUCGCUCUCAAACCAGCUGAGCAUUCACGAAUCCGCCUGGGCACAAAUGUAAAUCUAGCUGAGUACCCACAAGCAAUUUCUUUUUUAUUAUCAGGAGAUGAAUGGAGAGCCAUGAUGGUGUCUCCAGGCUCUGGGCAGUCUGCUCACAGGAGUGGUCUGUCUCCCCUCCCCUGUGCUCACCCCACCCUCUACCCAGGUCCCAUCACAGAAACAUUCUGAAUUCUAAGAUUUCCAAGGUUGUGGUUUUUUUGGGGGUUUUUUUGUUUUGUUUUUUUUACUGUCAAUUAUACCUUUGUUCUGUUGUAGAGGCAACUUGCAGGUGAAGAGAAGUAGAAUCACAUUUAAUGCAUCUAGCCAUUGUACCAGGUUGUAAUUUGCAUACUUUAUUUUCUUUUUUAAACAGUUCAAAAAUGUUCAUUAUGGUCUGUUAUUCAGUAUGUGUAAUUAUGUGUUUAAUAGAUUUAUUCAUUUUAAAAAAAGCGGUUCUACAUUACAGAAAAUACAAAGUUUUUUGAUGUUUAAAGAAAAAAAAAACCCAUCCCAACGAAACCCAAUGUGAUUGUGCUCAGAAAAGAGGUACUGUAUCCUUAAAAGGCCUGUUCAAGCACUAAGUGCAUUUACAAAUCUCUGAGAAUGUUUUUUUAUACGAAAAUUGACCAUUAUAUUCUACUGUGAGAAGUGCUGUCUGCACUAUAUUGUUUUAAAAAUGAGAGAAAACGGGAAAAAAAACAAAACAAAACCCACAAGCUGUGUGUCCGAAUGUUGUUUUCCCAAAGUAAAACCAGGAUAUCA